AAGAGUCCAAAGAAAAGAGUGUUAUAUGAAUAGUAGUCAAAGCCUAGAACAGCAAAUAGCAUGGUUAAAAAUUUACAUUUUAUGUUAGUUCCAAUACUAUGGGCAUUUGUGCCCAUAACAAAAAUCAAUGCUGAAUAUGAGGUGUCUAAAUAUUGUCAACUAGUACCAGUGGGCACUAAAUUGCCUAGUUUGGAAUCAUGUCAAACUUUCUAUACUUGUCUGGGACAAAAACAAGUAGCGGAAUCUAAAUGUGCCGGUGACGAUGUAUUUGAUAAAGAUUUGCAAAUGUGUGUGCCUAGAACUAAUAACAAUUGCCAUGUUAACAUAGAAAAUCCUUGUGAAAAUCAAGAUGACACAUGGGUAGGCGAUACUAAAGAUUGUAGCCUUUGGCAUUAUUGUUCAAGUGGUAAGCUAAUAGGCAGCGGUUCUUGCGCAUUAGGACAAUAUUUUGAUGACACUAUUAAAUCGUGUGUCAAUGGCAAAUGUCCCUAUAAUAUGGAAACCUCUGGAGAGAUUAACGAUUUAUGUCAAAUUAUGCAAAAGGAUCAAUUCUUUGGUGAUUUUCAAGACUGUGCUGUUUGGCAUAGAUGUAAUGGCUCAGGCAUGAAUAAAGGCAAAUGUGAACAUGGAUUGCUUUACGACACCCAAAAGCGUAUGUGUCUUAAGGACAGUGAUCAACUAUGUGAACAUAACGGAGGUAAACUUCCCCUUGUAACACAGGGUCUAGAAGGUAAAAAUUGUAUAGAGAAUAAAGCAAAAAUUGCUGACGUAAGAGUAUGCUCCAUGUACUAUGAGUGCCAAGAAACUAAAUGGAAAAUGUUUACUUGCUCCACUAAUCAAUAUUUCGAUAUUAAAUCUGAGAAGUGUGAAGAUCGCCAAAUUGCUAAACCUGCAAAAGGUUGUAAUCGUUGUCAAUUUACAAAAACUACUUGGGUUAAUGAAGUCGACGCCCAUUGCAGAGCAUAUAAUAUAUGUAAAGAUGGCCAGACAAUAGCUAGUGGUUGGUGUCAAGAAUAUAGUUACUUCAAUGAAGAGUUGCAAUACUGUUUAAUUGAUGACAUGUAUUUCGACAAAUAUCGUGAAAAUAAUGGAGCCUGCAAUAACACUACCUGCAGCAGUGUACAAUGUAAGAUUGUGGAGUGUUUAGCUGAUGCUAAUAAAUCGUUAUACGAAUGUCAACUUCAAGUUUAUGUGAAUGAAAGAAAUUUAUCACCAAAUAUAUGUCGAGCUGCGCUUUGUAGAGAUUCCGAAUCAUAUCCUGAGUGUAAGAAUAAUCUUGUUUGUGAUGCAUAGUUGGUUCUAAUUAUCCAGAAUGUUAUUAAAAAAGAAUUUCGUAAAUUUCAGUAAAAA